CUGAGAUAUUUCAAGCCUUUAUUUGUUAUAAUUUUGAUGAUUAUGGCUGACAGAUUAUGAAAACCCCAAAUUCGAAAGCUCAGAAAAUUAGAAUAUUACGUGAAAUCAAUAACAAAAAAGAAUUUUAAAUAGAGAAAUGUUGGACCCCUAAAAAGUAUAAUCGUACAAAUGUAAAUGAAUUACUGCCUCAAUGCAGGGUGGCAUGGAGGCUAUCAGCCCGUGGCACUGCUGAGGUGUUAUGGACCCAAAAACCCACAGCAGCCCUUCGUGGAUCAGGAUUCCCACCCCAGAUCUAGCCUGUUUCACCUGUAUGUAACUGGUGUAUGUAGGUCCACUUGGUGCGAUAUCUGUUAAUGUAUCAUUCAUCUGUGCAGUUGCCCAUGUGCAAUAUGUGUAAAGGUGUGCACAAAUGUUUCAUAAUCUUUCUUAUAUAUUUGUGUUUUGUUUUAGUAUCUUUUUUGUUUGUUUGUUUUCUAUUGCUGUUUUGUUUUAGGCUUCUGUAACAAGUAAAUUUCCCCAGUGGGAUCAAUAAUGAGUCUCUCUCUCUAUAUAUAUCUGUCUGUCUCCCUUUUAGAGUGUUGUAAACACUCCUUUGUUAUUUAAACCACAAACCAGGUUAUUUUGUCAUUGGUUAUUUAUUGCCUUCCUGUUGAGGUGUUUUGGGCAACUUAUAAGGCCGCCACUAAAUUGACUCCCAAGUGAGGUGUUCCAGGCACAUGCCACUGGGUGGGGCCCCCUGGGGGAAAAGGUGCCUAAGGAUGAGCCAGAAUGUGCAGGAUUGACCUGCUCAGCCUGCUGUCUAGCGCGGCUCUCGGCAGCAGGUGAGGUAUGAAAAUGACGAUUUUAUUUAUUUUGAUUCAUUGUGGGCUGUGCUUAUUGUCUGGUAUUUCCUUGUCACUAUUGUCUGCAGGAAGUGUGCAAGAAAGAAGUUAUUAGUACUACUCAUGAAAAAACCAUGAGACUUAAAUUCACCUGCCAGUUUCAAGCGGGUCAGUGACAUGUUUUUUUAAAAGAGUAUCAUUUAUGUUAUGUCUUUACAGUUUUGAGUAGCGGCCUUUUCAGAAUAUACUAAUAUAUAGACUGAAUCUUCUAAAAUUGUUCUGAAACAUGACUGUGAAGUCCUGAAUGUUUUUGCCCAAGUAUUCAUUCAAAGCCACAUCACUGCUUUACAGGAUUUAAUCAAACAUCACAAAUGGCUCUUUUGCACCCUCUGUUGCCUGCAAGGCUGGUUUAUUUGUCUCGCCCUUUUGCCUGCUUUACUUGGGUUUUGUUAUUUGAUCCACGUGGUAGGGGGCAGAUUUCUGCUCGCCCUGACACUGCUUUGGCUUCUGAUCGCUCUCCCCAAAUACGAACCCAGACUGUGCGUUAUGGUCUGAGUCUGUCACUGCCACUUCCUGGAGGACUCUGCGCUCCAUUAAUUAUUCACUCAGGUGAGUGGCUGGUCCCGCCCACCCUUUAGGAGAACCUGCGGGGUGAGCGAGAGAGUGAAAGAGACUGGCGGAACGACAGCGAGAGCAAGAAAAGAAGUAAAAGGGGGAACCAGAGAAAUAGCUGGACUCUGGACUAAGACUGGGCUCUUUCGCGAUCGUUGCGGCGGAGUUUGCGCAUUCCUCCAUGUGAGCGGAUUUAAUCAGAAGGAGCAGCGUGUUUUUUGGUCUUUUUGCGUGAAGUAAAACAGGAACCGUCCCAGGUGAGCAGGAAACCAUGGCAGAUUUUCCUGGCAAGGUGAACACUGAAACGAGCACCCCCUCUUCCCACGGGGCUGGAGGGGGCAGUGUCCUGGGCUUUGCCUCUCGCUAUGUUUCCAUGGAUAUGCUGUUCAUCAGGACAAUCCCAGCCAUCCUGAUGCUGGUGGAGAUUGUUCUGGGACUGCUGGUGUGGGCAUUGAUCUCCAGCACCCAGCUCACACUGAUCUCCGCCUAUGGCUGGGUCAUGUUCGUCAGUGUGAUUCUCUGGAUUCUCACCAUCGUCCUUUUCUGGAUCCUUUUCCUUGGCCUCCAGUACAAAUUGAACUUGGUGCCUUGGCAGUUAGUGGUGCUGGUGUUUAACGGUGUUGCCGCUGUGCUGUACCUCACUGCUUUCAUUGCCAACGCCGCAUCUGUAACACCCUAUUCGGGAACCACGGAUUACAGCCGCCUGGCUGCCGCAGCGUUCUUCGGAAUCUUGGUGACACUAACCUAUGCAGCCAGCACAUUCUUUGCCUAUAUGGCCUGGAAAGAAGAUGGAGGCAAUGCAGCCAACAGCACAAUCCCAGAGUAGAUCCAACAGCAGCAUCUCUGGGAAGAUCCGACAUCAUAUCUUAGGGCAGACUCACAGCACCAUUCUGGUGCAAAACCAACCACCCUUUCCUAGGGUAAACCCAGUGUUACAUUCUCAAUGAAGACCCAACAGCUGCAGUAGUAGGUAAACCCAACAAAACCAUUUCAGAUACAUGUAAUGAUCAAAGCCAGGAAAUGAAGGUAACUACUGUGUUGUAAAUAUUGUACAGGUAACUAUGAUGUCACAUGAAGCAUACACCAUAAUUCACUGGUACGUCCCAGUUUAAGAGAGCCACAGUGUGUACAUACAUAAACAUAUUAUUAAAAAUAAAAUUCCAGUGCUUUAGGUGGAACUAGAAAUGGAAGAACUUAAAAUGCACUUAUAUAUAUAUAAAUA